AUGUCGAACAACCCAGCUUUCCCAGAGCAUGUCGGCACAGUCGACUUCGUCGUUAGCGGGAAGACAUACAAGACUUGGUACAAGGUUAUUGGCGAUCUCAAGUCUGGAAAGAUACCUCUUGUCACUCUCCACGGAGGCCCGGGCCUGAACCAUCGUUACAUGCUCCUGCACAAACAUCUGUGGACGCGCGAAAAGAUUCCCGUUGUCUGCUAUGAUCAGAUCGGUAAUGGCCAAUCGAGCCACAUUCUCGACGCACCGGCAGAAUUUUGGACACCUGAGCUGUUCAUGGACGAGCUCGAGAAUCUCCUUGACCACCUCGGAAUCCGGGAUAAUUUCGAUCUAGUUGGUCAAUCUUGGGGUGGAAUGCUCGCAGGCCAUUUCGCGGCUGCCCGACAACCCUCUGGUCUCCGAAGGCUCAUCGCGGCGAACUCUCCGGCGUCCAUCCCGCUCUACGUCCAAGGAACAAAUGCCCUGCUCGAAAAGUUCCCUCCCGAGUUCGUUGCUAAGCUCCGUAAACACGAAGCCGACGGAACCACUGAUUCAAAAGAGUACAACGAGCUCUCCAUGACCUUCCUGAAAAAGCACGUCUGCACACUGGACCCUUGGCCAGAGGACGUGAUGGCAUCCUUUGUGAUGAUCGCUGCCAAUCCAACCGUCUACCACACGAUGCUGGGGCCGUCCGAGUUUAAUGUCGUAGGGACAUUGAAGGACUGGGAUAUCAUUGACAUCCUACACAGGAUCCAAGCCCCAACUUUGAUCGUCGGCGCACCAAACGACGAGGUCCAGGAACCUGCCUUGCUUCCCUGGUUCUUGCAUGUUCCCAAGAUAAAGUGGGUUGAGCUGGCGAACAGCACGCACUUGGGGAUGUACGAAGAGGAGGACAGAUACCUGCACAUUGUUCAGAAUUUCUUGACAGGCUAA